AUGAAUUAUGAUGCGACCCUACUUCGCCAUAUAAUCAUCUUUUUGACUAUGGAAGGCGACUGGAGAUUAGACCUGCGUUCUUUGAGUCUGUUCCUAUCUGUGCAGAAGGAUCGCCGUGACUUCGACGUCAAAAGGAUGCUUCGGCAGGAAUUACAAUGUUUUGAAAAAAUAGUGGUCAUACAUGCUGUGCAUUGUAGAGCGAUUCUCGAUGGAAUCAAUGGUUUUACUAUACAUAAACCCACCAAUUUUUCGUCUAAAUACAAACUAGUCAGCUCAAGCUGCCUUAUGGAGCCCGCAUGAUACUUGGCAAAAAAUUUACGAAGAUGAAUAAUGAACGAAGAGGAGCGCUCCGAUUCACAUAAGAUAUAGCAACUGCUUUCUCCCUUCUCUGUUUCCGCUGACUGUAAUAUGAAAUACCUAAAGUUUUGAGGACAAAAGAGUAGUCUUUUUGAGAGUUCCAUUCAUAGUUACGUCGUCCUCAGGCUAUGCAGCUGGAAUGACGAUGAGGAUAUGAACGAUGGACUGCUACGGCAUGGACUGUUACGAUGAGAUAUCCGAACCGACGAAGAAAGUGUAACGCUAUGUCCCGAGCAGAGUAUGAAGCAGAACGAGAGUAGAUAUGGUUGACUGCAGGGAAUCGCCCGGGGAUUGAACGCCCGCGCGCAUGUCAUUUGCGGCUAACAUUGACAUUCACACGCAUGAGUCAUCAUAGUGACCGUACUCGGAAGCGGCGGCGCAGGCACGCUCGCGUGCGUUCAGCCUACGGCUAGCCGGGCAAUUUCGUGCAGUCGACUGUAGUAAUGGUAGCC